AUGGGCGAGAAAGUUACAGCUGAAACUAAGAAGGUUAUGACCGAUGAGGAGCGAUUGGAACUGUGUCAGAAGUUAGAUCAGGAACUUGACGAUUUUAUAAACAGCUUAGAAAGGAAAAGAUACACAGAGGGAUGGCCGGAAGAUCGAUGGGAGGAAGAAAUGGACAAGCAUCCAUUCUUCAUGAAGUCCAAUCCAGAUGCAACAGAAAUGUCACCGUUAGCCGAAGGUCUAGCAAAACUAAAGUAUGAUCCGGAAGAGAACACACCUCUAGAAUUAGCCUCUAGUUAUAAAGAAGAUGGCAACUUUAAUUUUAAGCAUAAAAAUUAUCGGUUGGCAAUUUUAGGUUAUACCGAAGGAAUCAAAGUAAGGUGCGAUGACAAAGAAAUAAAUGCAAGCUUAUAUAAUAAUCGCGCAGCUUCGCACUGGCAUUUAAAGAAUUAUAGGUCAGCAUUGUUUGAUAGCGAGAGAGCGUUAUCUUUUAAUCCAAACCACACAAAGGCGAGACUCAGAGCAGCUAAAUCAGCACUGGAAGUAGCCAAAUAUGACGUAUGCAUAGAACACUGUCAGAAACUGUUGGAAGAGUCGAAGGAUAAAGAAGUAGUGGAACUGCUCAAUACGGCUAAAAAGAAGAAGGUGCUUCAAGAGCGCGAUGAGAGGAAAAAGGAUAGAAUGAUUUCUAAAAAAAAUGAAGAAAAGGAAGCUGUUGUAAAAGCGAUUGUAGAACGUGGCAUCAGAAUAUCGAAUUGUGACGACGCGGAUGAUAUAGAUUUGUCCAAAUUGGAGCCAAGUUUGCCGGGAGCUCACGAUGCAAUAGUGCAUAUAGAAAAUGGGAUAUUAAAAUGGCCGGUCCUGUUUUUAUAUCCCGAAUACCAAAUGACGGAUUUCGUCAAAGCUUGCCCCGAAAACGUGCCGCUGCUGAACCAAUUAGAACAGCUGUUCCCAGCUCCAUGGGAUGAAAACAAUAAAUACAGAUGCAGCUCUGUCAAUGUAUAUUUCGAAGGUUACGAUAAAAUGCCUCACGUUGUGGACCCGUCGAAGAAAUUGAGUGAUUUAUUAGUGAUGAAGUACUUUGAACUAAAGGCGGGAACCCCGGCAUUCUUUGUUCUACCUAGAGGUAGUAAAGUUGAAAGUAGAUUUUUGGAAAGCUAUUUGUAA